AUGGUAAGUAAUGACAGUAAGGUACAGUAUAAUGACAGUAAGGUACUGGGUAAUGACAGUAAGGUACAGGGUAAUGACAGUAAGGUACUGGGUAAUGACAGUAAGGUACAGGGUAAUGACAGUAAGGUACUGGGUAAUGGCAGUAAGGUACAGGGUAAUGACAGUAAGGUACAGGGUAAUGACAAUAAGGUACUGGGUAAUGGCAGUAAGGUACAGAGUAAGGGCAGUAAGGUACUGGGUAAUGGCAGUAAGGUACUGGGUAAUGACAGUAAGGUACAGGGUAAUGACAGUAAGGUACUGGGUAAUGACAGUAAGGUACAGGGUAAUGACAGUAAGGUACUGGGUAAUGGCAGUAAGGUACAGGGUAAUGACAGUAAGGUACAGGGUAAUGACAGUAAGGUACUGGGUAAUGGCAGUAAGGUACAGAGUAAGGGCAGUAAGGUACUGGGUAAUGGCAGUAAGGUACUGGGUAAUGACAGUAAGGUACAGGGUAAUGGAAGUAACGUACUGGGUAAUGACAGUAACGUACUGGGUAAUGACAGUAAGGUACAGGGUAAUGACAGUAAGGUACGGGAUAAUUAUGGUAAGGUACUGGGUAAUGACGGUAAGGUACUGAGUAAUGACAGUAAGGUACUGGGUAAUGACAGUAAGAUACAGGGUAAUGACAGUAAGGUACUGGGUAAUGGCAGUAAGGUACAGGGUAAUGACAGUAAGGUACAGGGUAAUGACAGUAAGGUACUGGGUAAUGACAGUAAGGUACUGGGUAAUGGCAGUAAGGUACUGGGUAAUGACAGUAAGGUACAGGGUAAGGGCAGUAAGGUACUGGGUAAUGACAGUAAGGUACUGGGUAAUGACAGUAAGGUACAGGGUAAUGACAGUAAGGUACUGGGUAAUGGCAGUAAGGUACUGGGUAAUGACAGCAAGGUACAGGGUAAUGACAGUAAGGUACGGGGUAAUGAUGGUAAGGUACUGGGUAAUGACAGUAAGGUACAGGGUAAUGACAGUAAGGUAUGGGGUAAUGAUGGUAAGGUACUGGGUAAUGACAGUAAGGUACAGGGUAAUGACAGUAAGGUACUGGGUAAUGACAGCAAGGUACAGGGUAAUAACAGUAAGGUACAGGGUAAUGACAGUAAGGUACAGAGUAAUGAUGGUAAGGUACAGGAUAAUGACAGUAAGGUACAGAGUAAUGACAGUAAGGUACUGGGUAAUGACAGUAAGAUAAAGUGUAAUGACAGUAAGGUACUGGGUAAUGACAGUAAGGUACGGGGUAAUGACAGUAAGGUACAGGGUAAUGACAGUAAGGUACUGGGUAAUGACAGUAAGGUACAGGGUAAUGAUAGUAAGGUACUGGGUAAUGGCAGUAAGGUACAGUGUAAUGACAGUAAGGCACUGGGUAAUGACAGUAAGGUACAGGGUAAUGACAGUAAGGUACUGGGUAAUGGCAUUAAGGUACAGGGCAAUGAUGGUAAGGUACAGGAUAAUGACAGUAAGGUACAGAGUAAUGACAGUAAGGUACUGGGUAAUGACAGUAAGGUACAGGGUAAUGACAGUAAGGUACUGGCUAAUAGCAGUAAGGUACAGGGUAAUGACAGUAAGGUACAGGGCAAUGACAGUAAGGUACAGGGUAAUGGCAGUAAGGUACAGGGUAAGGGCAGUAAGGUACUAGGUAAUGGCAGUAAGGUACUGGGUAAUGACAGUAAGGUACAGGGUAAUGACAGUAAGGUACUGGGUAAUGGCAGUAACGUACUGGGUAAUGACAGUAAGGUACAGGGUAAUGACAGUAAGGUACGGGAUAAUGAUGGUAAGGUACUGGGUAAUGACAGUAAGGUACAGGGUAAUGACAGUAAGGUACGGGGUAAUGAUGGUAAGGUACUGGGUAAUGACAGUAAGGUACAGGGUAAUGACAGUAAGGUACUGGGUAAUGACAGUAAGGUACAGGGUAAUGACAGUAAGGUACUGGGUAAUGGUAGUAAGGUACAGGGUAAUGACAGUAAGGUACUGGGUAAUGACAGUAAGAUACUGGGUAAUGACAGUAAGGUACUGGGUAAUGGCAGUAAGGUACAGGGUAAGGGCAGUAAGGUACUGGGUAAUGACAGUAAGGUACUGGGUAAUGACAGCAAGGUACAGGGUAAUGACAGUAAGGUACGGGGUAAUGAUGGUAAGGUACUGGGUAAUGACAGUAAGGUACAGGGUAAUGACAGUAAGGUACUGGGUAAUGGCAGUAAGGUACUGGGUAAUGACAGCAAGGUACAGGGUAAUGACAGUAAGGUACGGGGUAAUGAUGGUAAGGUACUGGGUAAUGACAGUAAGGUACAGGGUAAUGACAGUAAGAUACGGGGUAAUGAUGGUAAGGUACAGGGUAAUGAUGGUAAGGUACUGGGUAAUGACAGUAAGGUACAGGGUAAUGACAGUAAGGUACGGGGUAAUGAUGGUAAGGUACAGGGUAAUGACAGUAAGGUACUGGGUAAUGACAGUAAGGUACGGGGUAAUGAUGGUAAGGUACAGGGUAAUGACAGUAAGGUACAGGAUAAUGACAGUAAGGUACAGAGUAAUGACAGUAAGGUACAGGGUAAUGACAGUAAGGUACAGGAUAAUGACAGUAAGGUACAGAGUAAUGACGGUAAGGUACUGGGUAAUGGCAUUAAGGUACUGGGCAAUGAUGGUAAGGUACAGAGUAAGGGCAGUAAAGUACUGGGUAAUGACAGUAAGGUACAGGGUAAUGACAAUAAGGUACGGGGUAAUGACAGUAAGGUACAGGGUAAGGGCAGUAAGGUACUGGGUAAUGACAGUAAGGUACUGGGUAAUGACGGUAAGGUACGGGGUAAUGACGGUAAGGUACAGGGUAAUGACAGUAAAGUACAGGAUAAUGACAGUAAGGUACAGAGUAAUGACAGUAAGGUACAGGGUAAUGACAGUAAGGUACAGGAUAAUGAUAGUAAGGUACAGAGUAAUGACGGUAAGGUACUGGGUAAUGGCAUUAAGGUACUGAGUAAUGAUGGUAAGGUACAGGGUAAUGACAGUAAGGUACUGGGUAAUGACAGUAAGGUAAAGGGUAAUGACAGUAAGGUACAAGGUAAUGACAGUAAGGUACAGGGUAAUGACAGUAAGGUAAAGGGUAAUGACAGUAAGGUACACGGUAAUGACAGUAAGGUAUGGGGUAAUGACAGUAAGGUAAAGGGUAAUGACAGUAAGGUACAAGGUAAUGACAGUAAGGUACAGGGUAAUGACAGUAAGGUACAGAGUAAUGACAGUAAGGUACAGGGUAAUGACAGUAAGGUACAAGGUAAUGACAGUAAAUUACAGGGUAAUGACAGUAAGGUGCAGGGCAAUGACAUUAAGGUACUGGGUAAUGGCAUUAAGGUACUGGGUAAUGAUGGUAAGGUACAGGGUAAGGGCAGUAAGGUACAGGGUAAUGACAGUAAGGUACUGGGUAAUGGCAUUAGGGUACUGGGUAAUGAUGGUAAGGUACAGGGUAAGGGCAGUAAGGUACAGGGUAAUGACAGUAAGGUAAAGGGUAAUGACAGUAAGGUACAGGGUAAUGACAGUAAGGUACAGAGUAAUGACAGUAAGGUACUGGGUAAUGACAGUAAGGUACAGAGUAAUGACAGUAAGGUACAAGGUAAUGGCAGUAAGGUACAGUGUAAUGACAGUAAGGUGCAGGGCAAUGACAUUAAGGUAAAGGAUAAUGACAGUAAUGUACAGGGUAAUGACAGUAAGGUACAGGGUAAUGACAGUAAUGUACAGGGUAAUGACAGUAAGGUACUGGGUAAUGACAGUAAGGUACAGGGUAAUGACAGUAAGGUACGUGGUAAUGACAGUAAGGUAAAGGGUAAUGACAGUAAGGUACAAGGUAAUGACAAUAAGGCACAGGGUAAUGACAGUAAGGUACUGCGUAAUGACAGUAAGGUACAGGGUAAUAACAGUAAGGUAAUGGGUAAUGACAGUAAGGUACAGAGUAAUGACAGUAAGGUACAGGGUAAUGACAGUAAGGUACAGAGUAAUGAUGGUAAGGUACAGGGUAAUGACAGGAAGGUACUGGGUAAUGACAGUAAGGUACAGAGUAAUGACCGUAAGGUACUGGGUAAUGACAGUAAGGUACUGGGUUAUGACAGGAAGGUACAGGAUAAUGACAGUAAGGUACUGGGUAAUGACAAUAAGGUACAGAGUAGUGAUGGUAAGGUACUGGGUAAUGACAGUAAGGUACAGAGUAAUGACGGUAAGGUACUGGGUAAUGACAGUAAGGUACAGAGUAAUGAUGGUAAGGUACUGGGUAAUGAUGGUAAGGUACAGGAUAAUGACAGUAAGGUACAGGGUAAUGACAGUAAGGUACUGGAUAAUGACAGUAAGGUACAGAGUAAUGACAGUGAGGUACAGGGUAAUGAUGGUAAGGUACAGGAUAAUGACAGUAAGGUACAGAGUAAUGACAGUAAGGUACUGGGUAAUGAUGGUAAGGUGCAGGGUAAGGGCAGUAAGGUACAGGGUAAUGGCAGCAAGGUACAGGGCAAUGACAUUAAGGUAAAUGAUAAUGACAGUAAGGUAUGGGGUAAUGACAGUAAGGUACAGAGUAAUGACAGGAAGGUACUGGGUAAUGAUGAUAAGGUACAGGGUAAUGACAGUAAGGUACAGGGUAAUGACAGUAAGGUACAGGGUAAUGACAGUAAGGUACAGAGUAAUGACAGUAAGGUACGGGGUAAUGACAGUAAGGUACAGGGUAAUGACAGUAAGGAACAGGGUAAUGACAGUAAGGUACUGGGUAAUGACAGUAAGGUACUGGGUAAUGGCAGUAAGGUACGGGGUAAUGACAGUAAGGUACUGGGUAAUGACAGGAAGGUACUGGGUAAUGGCAGUAAAGUACAGGGUAAUGACAGUAACGUAUGGGGUAAUGAUGGUAAGGUACUGCAUAAUGACAGGAAGGUACAGGGUAAUAACAGUAAGGUACAGGGUAAUGACAGUAAGGUACGGGGUAAUGAUGGUAAGGUACAGGAUAAUGACUGUAAGGUACAGAGUAAUGACAGUAAGGUACAGGGCAAUGACAUUAAGGUAAAGGAUAAUGACAGUAAGGUACGGGGUAAUGACAGUAAGGUACAAGGUAAUGACAGUAUGGUACUGGGUAAUGACAGUAUGGUACUGGAUAAUGACAGUAAGGUACUGGGUAAGGGCAGUAAGGUACAGGGUAAUGACAGUAAGGUAAAGGGUAAUGACAGUAAGGUACAGGGUAAUGGCAGUAAGGUACAGGGUAAUGACAGUAACGUACGGGGUAAUGAUGGUAACGUACUGCGUAAUGACAGGAAGGUACAGGGUAAUGACAGUAAGGUACAGGUUAAUGACAGUAAGGUAUACAGUAAUGACAGUAAGGUACAGGGUAAUGACAGUAUGGUACUGGAUAAUGAUGGUAAGGUACAGUGUAAUGACAGUAAGGUACAGGGUAAUGACAGUAAGGUACAGGGUAAAAACAGUAAGGUAUGGGGUAAUGACGAACUCAACUGCCCAAAUCAGGUCAGUGUUGUGAAACAGUGGCAGGUGGAAACCCCAAGUUAA